CCCUGGCGUCCGGCUGAUACGCUACAGUUGGCGACGAGGAAGCGACGGCGAUGGCCGUCGGCAGGAUUGGCGAGUAUCGGUUUGGCACAAAUGCGUCAUGGGAUGAAUACGUCGAGAGGCUAGAAAUGUGCUGCGAAGUGAACAAGGCAGCGAAAGAACAGAAAAGAGCCAUCCUGCUGAGUUGUUGCGGCAAAGAAGCGUACGGGCUCAUCGUAACUGCGGUGAAGCCAGCAAGACCAACAGCAGUAACCUACGACGAAAUUAAGACGGCGGUUCGCAAGCACCUGCAUCCAAGGCCAUCAGAGCUGUACGCAAAGUGUUUGUUUUACAAGAGAAACGUGGCUGCCGAGAAAUCGGUUGUGGAAUACGUCAUGACGCUUCGGAAGCUCGCUGAAGACUGCGGUUUCUGCGACGAGCAGCUCCCGUUGAACAUCAUGAUGCGAGAUCGGUUCGUAUGCGGCCUCCAGAACGAAGCAGUUCAACAGCGACUUCUCGCGGAACACGACCUUAACUUCAACGUCGUGUAA